UAAAAUAAAGUAAAAUGGUGUUACUCACAACUCUUCAUAAAUUUUAAUUAAUUAUUUUUAAAAAAAUUGAAUACUUAAAUAAUCUUAACAUGUAUUAAAAAAAUUUAUGAAGCAUCACAUCAAACUCCUCAUCUAUGGGAGAUAUAUGGUUUGAUAGUAGACCGUAGGUCAAGUCUAGAAUGUGUGUUAUUUUAAUUACAUGGAAAAAAAUAUUUUAAAAUUCAAUAUAAAAUAUAUAUACAUUUAUUCCAGUAUUUUUAACCAUAAAUAAAUGUUUAAUUAAAUUAUUGAAUAAGUAAAAUUAUUUGAUUACAUAAAUCUGAAUCAAAAUAAACAAAGUGUGGGGUCAUCAUGUAGAAAGAAUUGUUGUGGAUAACAUCACACUAAUUAAUAAUUUGAUGGUACAAAUUGGACCCAUGUUUGUAGUUGUACAACUUGCUUCUUUCACAGGGAAGGAUCUCUUUGGUUUCUCCAAUUUCGCCCACACUCACUCACCUAAAUGUUACUUCCACAUGUACAUACAGUUUUAGACUUUUUGGUUCCAAUGUUGUGACUAACUGAUUGAAAUUGGACCAAAAUAUAUACAUUGAAAAUGAAUCAUUAUGAAAGAUUACGCGUAUUUGAUUAAAAAAGAGAUGCAUUUUUAUUUUAUAUUGUUUUUUUUUUAAAUUUUCCCAUAUUAUUAAUCAUUGUCCAAAAAAAAAAAAAAAAAAAGAAAUUUCUCCACCGUUUUCUAUUUUAUCCCCUCUCUCUACCUUUAUUAUCUUUAUUGCAAAAUCUUCUUCUACAAUGAGCACAUUCAGCAAUGACAAUGCUGAAGACAUUGAAGCUGGCACCUGUAAGCCGAAAUUUCAGACAGAACCUACUUUACCAAUAUAUCUAAAGUUCAGUGAUGUGACUUACAAGGUGAUCACCAAAGGAAUGACAACUUCUGAAGAGAGGGAUAUAUUGAAUGGAAUCACCGGUGCUGUAAGUCCUGGGGAAGUUCUGGCACUUAUGGGACCUUCAGGAAGUGGGAAGACCACACUUCUUAAUCUGCUUGGUGGCAGGUUAAUUCAGUCCACUGUAGGUGGUUCAGUCACAUACAAUGAUCAACCCUACUCCAAAUUCCUCAAAAGCAAGAUCGGAUUCGUGACUCAAGACGAUGUCCUGUUUCCUCACCUUACAGUGAAAGAAACAUUGACCUAUACAGCCCGGUUGCGACUGUCCAAGGCUUUAUCGAGACAGCAGAAGGAAAAGCGAGCCAUAGAUGUCAUAUAUGAGUUAGGCUUGGAGAGAUGUCAAGACACCAUGAUAGGUGGCUCAUUCGUCCGUGGAGUGUCCGGGGGAGAAAGGAAAAGAGUUUGUAUUGGCAACGAGAUCAUAAUCAACCCUUCCCUUCUCUUUCUUGAUGAACCAACCUCUGGUUUGGAUUCCACAACCGCUUUAAGGACAGUUCAAACAUUACAAAACAUAGCCGAGGCAGGGAAGACUGUGAUAACAACAAUCCACCAGCCAUCAAGUAGACUGUUCCACAAAUUCGACAAGUUGAUUCUUCUGGGGAAAGGCAGUUCGCUUUACUUCGGGAGAGCUUCGGAAGCAAUGGCUUAUUUCUCAUCUAUAGGUUGUUCCCCUCUCAUUGCCAUGAAUCCAGCAGAGUUUCUGCUUGACCUUGCAAAUGGGAACAUAAAUGACAUAUCUGUGCCAUCGGAAUUAGAGGACAAAGUACAAGUGGGGAAUUCUGAAACUGAAACAAGAAACGAGAAGCCACCACCGGCAGUCAUUCAUGAGUAUCUUGUCGAGGCCUACGAGUCGAGAGUUGCAGAAAAUGAGAAGAAGAAGCUUAUGACUCCUCUUCCCUUGGAUGAUGAAAUUAAGUUAAAAGUGUUUUCUUCGAAACGGGAAUGGGGGGCAAGCUGGUGGCAACAAUAUUGCAUCUUAUUCUGCAGAGGGAUCAAAGAACGAAGGCAUGAUUAUUUUAGCUGGUUGAGAAUCACCCAAGUUCUUUCUACAGCAAUCAUCUUGGGAUUACUGUGGUGGCAGUCUGAUAGUAAAAGCACCAGAGGCCGUCAAGAUCAGGCGGGGUUAUUGUUCUUCAUUGCUGUCUUCUGGGGAUUCUUUCCUGUCUUUACCGCAAUCUUCACUUUUCCUCAAGAGAGAGCCAUGCUUAGUAAAGAAAGAGCAGCUGACAUGUACAGAUUGAGCGCAUAUUUUUUAGCGAGGACUACAAGCGACCUUCCACUUGAUCUAAUAUUACCAGUACUUUUCCUUCUGGUAGUCUACUUCAUGGCUGGCCUGAGACUGAGUGCCGGCCCCUUUUUCCUCAGCAUGCUUACGGUUUUUCUCUGCAUCAUUGCCGCCCAGGGUCUUGGACUAGCCAUUGGUGCCACACUAAUGGACUUAAAGAGGGCCACAACUUUGGCUUCAGUAACUGUGAUGACCUUCAUGCUGGCUGGUGGCUAUUUUGUGAAGAAAGUUCCAGUGUUCAUAUCCUGGAUCCGCUAUAUGUCUUUCAACUAUCAUACUUACAAGCUUCUUCUCAAAGUACAAUACCAAGACAUUACGCCUCCAGUAAACGGGAUAAAAACAGACGAUGGCUUAUGGGAAGUAGGUGCUCUGGUAGCAAUGAUCUUUGGUUACCGUGUCUUAGCAUACCUGUCUUUGCGGGGGAUGCAACUUCACCGUGGAGCUUAAUGAUACAGUGAUUUCGAGGAGUGUCUGAUAAGAAAAGCUUCUCGUUGCCACUAUGCCGAGGCCGUAAGGAUAAUUCUGAAAAGCUUGGGCAUUAUCAGAGAGAAGAGUUAUAGAAGAGGAUCAAGAAUCAGCAGCACCUUGGGAUUUUACCUUAAGAGUUGGUCAAUGCUCUCAUAUAACAAGGGAUAGUUUUGACGAGAAUUUCACAUCAUAGUAUAAGCAAAGCAAGCAUGAAGAUUUUAGUAUCAGGAGAAUCCUAGUCCUAACUUAUGCUUUUGAAUUAAGGAUAAAAUAACUUUAACUUCAUGGAAUUCUUAUUCUUAGUCAUACACUGAAAGGCAGCCUAUCAAUUUGUAAGUAACCAUUAUUCACCAUUAUCUUUGGAAUUUGGUAACCAGUUUAUCAACAGAGAGAGCGCUAUAGAAAACUGCAAGAUGAAUGUUAGUAUUGAGGCUCUUAUCUCUAUUUCAUGCAUCAUUUUUCUGCAUAAAAUAAUGUAUCAAAAAGAUGGUUUCGCAGCUCAUAGAAAAGGGUUUCAUUGGGUUAUGAUUGA